AUGGGAGGAGGGAAUCAAAUCAAAUCCGUUGCUGUCAUCGGGGCUGGAGCUGCAGGAGCGAUAACGGCGGCAGCUUUGAAAGCCGAAGAAGUGUUUGAUGUGAUUCGUGUUUUUGAGAGAAGAGAAAGCGCAGGAGGAACAUGGAUAUACGAUGCUGCGGUUCAGCCCAGUCUGCUGGGGCGGCCAGGAGCAACACCAUCUGAACUAGACCCUCCUCUGGCAAUUCCUAAAACCCUCCCUGCCGUCCUCCCCCCAAAUAAACAGGAGCGGUUUUCCAAAACGCCUAUCUAUGAUUCCUUGACAACAAACGUACCUGAAAUUGCCAUGUCAUUUUCAGAUUGUCGUUUUGCAUAUGGACCGUUUGCUCCACAUCACAUUCCGCGUCAAUAUAUAGAGAAUUACUUUGCACUACACAAGACAGAUUCAUUCUUGGAGCUCAACACCACGGUUGAAGACGUCUUGAAGGUUAAACACCGCUUAAAUAAUGGCGCCAAUCAGUGGAAAUUGACUCUAAGAAAAUACGAUGCCCUUCAAGACGCCGAUGUCUGGUGGGAAGAAACAUUUGACGCCGUGGUUCUGGCAAAUGGCCACUAUUCUGUGCCAACAAUUCCAAACGUCAAGGGCUUGAAUGAAUACAUUGAAAAAUUCCCUGGUCGUGUAGUCCACUCUAAAACAUAUAGAUCGGCCAGCAGCUACAAGUCUCAGAGGGUGCUUGUGAUUGGCAACUCUGCCUCGGGAACGGAUCUAAGUCGAGAAUUGGUGUCGACUGCUCAGCAUCCCGUUUACCAAUCUAGAAGGUCGAAAGCGUGGUGGGAGGGAGAUUUACCGUCCAAAGGAAUUGAGUGGAAGCCUGUUAUAUCUGAGUACUUGCCUAAUGGCAGAAUUCUCUUCGAAGACGGCACGUACUUGGACGAUAUUGAUACAGUGAUAUACUGUACUGGUUAUAAGCCAUCAUAUCCCUUCUGGGACGCCGAGAAGAAUGGGCAGCCUCUGUGGGACGACAAGAAAGGAAAACUGGUCAAGAGCUAUUGGCACACCUUCUUCCAGGAUUUCCCAAAUCUGGGUAUCGUGGGACUGCCCCGCGUGUUAACAUUCCGAAGUUUCGAAUAUCAAGCCAUUGCCCUCGCUCGCCUAUUUGCCAAUCGCAACCCAGUCCCGCUUCCGCCAUUAAUCGAACAGCAAGCCUGGGAAGAAGAAAGAGAGAAGGAGAGGCUCCGAGAUCAUCGCAAAUUUCAUGACAUCACAUGGGAUAACGGCGAAACCCAUGAAUGGCUACAGGGGUUCUUCAAAUGGUCUGGCCUGGCUACUUUGAACGGACAGGGAAGAACUCCGCCGCCGCUCACAAAGGAGAUGGUCUGGGCGAUAGAUAAUCUCAAGAAGUACAAACCUGAGGGAGAAGAGGAUGCCAGCGAUAUUAGCGAUUUCUCGGAAAUUUACGAAUGGAUUGUAUUGGCACACAGGAAGCGCGAUGUUCUUGGAUUUAUUUAA